AAGUCGCCCCGCCAGCCGCAGAAGACAUUCCUCGCGACUGCCGUCCAGACUCUUUCGACGCCUCCAGUCUACCUCCGAGGGGUCCUCGACAACGUCUGAUCCGUGAACCACAGCUCGCGUCGUCACUCGCACUUUCGAGACUUUCAUCCGACAACUCAUCCGUUACCCGCGAGGCGAUCCCAUCAUUCCUGUCUGCCUGUGCCCACUCCGCUGCACUGCACACCACCAUCAUUCCACCAAACGUAUGGAUGCACCGAUUCGCUCGCUCAUAUCACUGCCCCUGCUGCUUGUGUGGUAAGUGGGUGGGAACACGGGCCUUGGGUGGACGACUGAGGGUGGUUGGCGUCCAGCUGAGUGUGGCUGGUGUCCAGCCGAGGGUGGCUGGCGUCCAGCUGAGGGUGGCUGGCGUCCAGCUGAGGGUGCCUGAUGUCCAGCUUACGGUGGCUGACGUCCAUCUAAGGGGGCCUGGCGUCCAGCUAAGGGUGCCUGGCGUCCAGCUGAGGGUGGCUGGCGUCCAGCUAAGGGUGCCUGGCGUCCAGCUAAGGGUUCCUGGCGUCCAGCUAAGGGUGCCUGGCGUCCAGCUAAGGGUGCGUGCCGUCCAUCUGGGGUGCCUGACGUCCAGCUAAGGGUCGCUGGCGUCCAGCUAAGGGUGGCUGGCGUCCAGCUAAGGGUGGCUGGCAUCCAGCUAAGGGUGCCGGCGUCCAGCUAAGGGUGCCUUGCAUCCAGCUAAGGGUGCCUGGCGUCAAGAUAAGGGUGCGUGGGGUCCAGCUAAGGGUGGCUGGCGUCCAGCUAAGGGAACCUGGCGUCCAGCUAAGGGUGGCGGGCGUCCAACUAAGGGUGGCUGGCGUCCAGCUAAGGAAGCCUGGCGUCCAGCCAAGGGAGCCUGGCAUCCAGCUAAGGGUGCUUGGCAUCCAGCUAAGGCUAAGGGUGCCUGGCGUCUAGCUAAGGGUGCCUGGCAUCUAGCUAGUGGUGCCUGGCGUCCAGCUAAGGGUGCCUGAGAUCCAGCUAAGGGUGCCUGGCGUCCAGCUAAGCGUGGCUGUCGUCCAGCUAAGGGUGCCUGGCGUCCAGCUAAGGGUGCCUGGCCUCCGGCUAAGGGUGGUUUGUGUCCAGCUAAGGCUAAGGGUGGCUGGCUUCUAGUUAAGGAUGGCAACGCUGGACGCCAGCCCUCACAGUUUCACUUCUGGCCUCAUUAGCUUACCCCCUUGCUCGGUUGUGUCUUAAAGCCCGCGGCUAAAUUAGCAGACCUGGAAACCACUUGAAUUGGGUGCUUUGAAAUCCGUCGAUGUGUAGAAGGCAGCUCUGAGGUCAAGACUGAACAAGAAAAGUGUGUCGAAACAAAUUCUGGUCGAGCUUGCUGAUUGGUGGAAUGGCGAAAGAACUCGUUUUGUUGUUUCUUGCGACACGAUCAUUUGGAUGCGAAUUGCGCAAAAAAACUGUGUGCAUCGCAUGGAGUUUCUACGACGGGUUUGGGCGAGCAGCUUGCGACGAGGAAAUACAGGCGCUUUAUGACU